AUUAAAAGGGCCACAAUUCUGCAAAACAAACGAAUAAGAAACCGAAAAUUCAGAAAUGGUUAAACCAAAACAAUACUGGUUACUCAAAACCGAGCCAACCGAAUGGUCAUGGGACGACCAAUCGUCACACGGCGGAAUAACAAACUGGGACGGCGUCAAAAACAAACAAGCUCAGAAAAGCCUGAAAGCGAUGAAACUGAACGACCUCUGCUUCUUUUAUCACUCCGGCGCCAGCGCCCGUCGCGUGGUCGGCGUCGUGACGGUGGUGAAAGAGUGGUACAGUGACGACGAUAACGAGGUGAUCGUUGAUGUUAAGGCGGUUGGAGAAAUGAGAACGCCGGUGGAUUUGAAGGAAAUGAAGAGUAAUGAGGAGUUGAGUGGUUUUGUGUUGUUUCGGCAGCCUAGGUUGUCGGUUAUGGCGGUGUCGGAGGUGAUUUGGAGGAGGAUUUGUGAAAUUGGCGGUGGUUAUGAGGGUGAUGGGAAAGGUGACGGCGGCGGUGGUGUUGACGACGGAGAUGAUUAGAUCGAUGUUUCUUUUGUCUUGGCUUUAUGAAUUGUUCAAUCUAUCAGCUUUUUUUUACAAUGUCGUUCAACCAAAAGUUCAUGAACAGUAUAAAACGCAUGCGGACGCGUAAAUGAACUGUAACUCAAAUAGUAUAAAGUGUUGGCCAGUAUUUUCAAAA